GAAUCAUAAAUUUCACAUUUCAAAAAUCCUAUAAGAAUGGACAUACAAAAUCUCAAAUAAACUAACUAAUUCAUAAAUUAUAUAAUUUUAAACAAAUUUUCUUCUUCGAUAUAAUAUAAUUUUAUAAUAUAAUAAUGUACAAUUAUCCCAAAAUAUUAAUUCAUAUCAAAUUGUCUAUAAUCCAAAAAAAUUUGCGCUUCAAAAGCGCGGAUCAAAAUCUAGUUCCUUAGUUAAGUUUCCUCUCUUGAUAAAGCACACUAUUACAUUCUUUGUAGAUUUAAAGUAUCUAGGCGCGCGGCUUGUCUAUUUCAAAAAAUAUUUCAUAUAAAAUCUUUCCUACUAUUGUUUCAUGACUUUCUUACUUCCAUUGUAUGUGAUAGUCAAUUCAACGCUUUGUAAACAUUUCUUUCUAUCCAUAAAAAUCUUGAAAAACCAAUGAGACCGCGCGUGAGCAUUCACGCGCGAGCAUAUUCUCUUUCAUGAUAAACAUCUAAGAUUUCUAUUGUUUUGCUUAGAAUUAGUAUUAAACUCUUACUAUAUCUAGAUUUUGUUUUUCUUUAUAUGAUUUGACUCAUUCAGUAACAUUGACUUGCUUGUCUAAUUUCCAUACAGACAAUUAAGACUUAAGAAUAAGAGACCCUUGUUUAUUGACUAAGCUUAGCUAAGGUUUAAUGUUUGAAGAUAUACUCAUGACUUUAUUAACACAAAUCUUGGCACGUGAGAAAAACGUAUCUCUCCUUCAAUAUCAAUACCCUAUAUAAGAAGACACCCCCACAACAACAACAACAACAAUUAGAUCUCGAGAGAAAUGGAUAAGUUGGUGAGUGAAAAGAAGCCUUCUCGUCGAAUGUGUCGAAGGUGCAACUCUGACAAUACCAAGUUCUGUUACUUCGUCAACUCGUCUCAACCGCGCUACACCUGCAGGUAUUGUCGUCGAUCUUGGAUUUAUCGUUGGGCUUUAAGGAACAUACCGAUGGGUGGAGAAAGAGGCCGUAAAACCAAGCGACAAAAGAUAGAUCAACCAUCUGUUUCUCAGGUGAAUUCUGCUGAGAACCAUUUUGGUUCUUUUUCUGUUGUUCUGGCGCUUCCAGCUCAAAAUGCUCCACCAAAGGAUCGCAUGGAGGUCUCUGAUGGAUCAUUUUACCAAGGUUAUCACGAUGUUGGAUCCAAUGGCGCAAAUCAGGAGGAUCCAAACAAGAAUCUUAAUGCCAGCACUGAUCACAUGAUCAAGAACAACAACAACAACAACGUCUGAAACAAGCGUGUGUUUAGAUCCUCCUAUCAUGCUCCUUGAAUUAAAGCCGUUUUACCCGUUUUCUCUUUUUCUUAAGCUAAUAAUGUUUCAGUUUUUCUUGUUGGGUCUUCUUGUUUUAUCUUAUCAGCUCUGUUGAGUCUUUUUUCUUAAGUUUAAGUUUUAUAAGUUUGCAUCUUUGUUUCCCUAAAGAUUCAGACAUAAGUUACUUGUCUGGUCUUUUUAAUAAUAUAUAUAAACAAGCAUUACCAGUUCGUUGUGUGUUCCAUAACCGAUGAGUAAGAGAGAGAUAUGUAUUCCCAAGUAUUUAUGUUUUCCUCUGUUUUAGCCUAUUCUCUGUUUUUAUAAUUAUGCAUAAUCACAUAAUAUAUGUAGGAGACGAAAUAGUGUACAAAUAAUAAGGUAAACCUAUGGUUACGUCUAAAAUAUUAAACUUGUAUUUCUUCUAUCAAUCUAAGUUUCUACAGAAGACUGCUGAGGAAUUCGUUGUUAGAAGGUCUAAAACUAAAUUAAGCCGUGUGUGGUUGGUUCGGAAAAAAUUUUUUGGCCGUUUAGAGUGUCACACUAGCCGUUAGGUCUAGGCCUUAGAUUCGUACGACAUAUGAUAAAGCAGAAACAGUGUGAUGCAGAAGGUAAAUUGUGAUGUAAAUAUGUAAUUUAUACGAUUAGUAAAACUGUACUCUUUUCGUUUUAUCCUAAUCGGUUUCGGUUUCAGUUAGUUCGGUUCAAUUAUAAUUUCACCAAAAAAUUAUGUUCAGUUCGAGUUUUUGGUUAGUUUUGGUUCUUUAAUUUUGCCAAAACAAACUCUAUAUUUGGAUUAGAUUAGAUUUUGGUUUAUUUUUUUCUUAAAACUCGCAUAAUAUUCUAGAAAAAUGAUUCACAUACGCAAAACUAUAGAGAAAUUUUUUUUUUUUCUUCUGAUUUUUCUUAAAAAAUAACAAUGUUUGUAAAAUGGCACAUCAUAUACGAUAUGAAGAGUUCAUAUUACAGACAUAAUUACUUCAUAAACUGAUAUGCAACCAAAUAUAAUAUAAUUUUUAUUUCCGCAAAUCUUCUAGAUAUUGUACUAUGCAACCAAAUAUAAGAGCGCUAUGUAUUAAAUAUUUAAUUUUUUUAAAUUUGUAAAAUAAUUUUAUUUCUCUAACAGAUAUAAUAUCGUUCUGUUAUUUAUAUGAUUUAUGAUUUUGUUAUCAUAUCAGAAUGCUAUCUAAAAUCAUUCUGCAACAAAAUUAAGAAACAGUUUUGCUUUCUGUGAGAUUUAUAGAACUUCAACAUGUUACAUUUUUUUUAAAAAGUAUCCAGUUCUCUUAUUGUAGUUUAAAGUUGACAUGAAAAUCACACGUAUUCUUUUUAUAGUUUUAUAUUAUCAUGCACAUACAUAAAAUUUUAUCGCACAAAAUUUUUGAAAAAUCAACAAGCAAAAAAUAAACAGAUUAAAAUAUUUUAUUUUUUAUAAUCAACUGUAAACAUUUUUUCUUUUCAUUAUAUAUUCAUUGUUUUAUUGAAUUUUUAUUUGUUUAUAUAAAAUUUUAAAAGUUUGUUUUGUUAAUUGAUAUAUUCAUUGAUUUUAUUUAAUACUCAAAUAAUAUUAUGAACUACGUGAUUUAUAUCUAAUUAUAAACUAGGAUCUAUUAAAAUUGUAUUCACUGUUUUAAUAAUUUGAUUACAAAAUUAUCCUUUUAAACUUAAAAUAUUUUAAACUAAUUAUAUUUAUUUAAUAUUUAAUUAAAUUUAACAAUGCGCAUAACACAUAAAAACAUCUAACUAAAAUCUUUUUUUUUGUCAAAAACUAAAAUUAUAAUUUAUUGAUUUAGGGUGUCGCCACUUUUUAAAUAUAGGUUAUCUUUAUUAAAUGUUUUAAAUUGUGGUGUAGUAAAUGUUAUCUUUUGUAUCAAGUAUUGUUGUGUUAGUUACCUACAUAUAUAUAUAUUUUUUAUUUUUUCUCUUAUAGGAUAAUAUAUUUCUGAUGCAAUAAUAAAUCACUUGUUAACACAUAAAUUUCCGUUUUCGUUUAGUAAUUUAGUUUAUUUUCUCAAAUUGACGUAUUUAGAUUUAUAUAAAAAUUGGUUGCGGUCAAAAUUUCUCCAAAAUGCUCGUAAACGCACUUGUUAACGCAUGUGUUUUUCCUCUUCUUCUUUUUUUACAACGAUAGAGUUGAACUAAACGCAUAUGUGUGUCUUUCCAUUUGGUAAUUCAGUAGAUUUUCUUGAAUUUGGAAUUCAAAUAAAAGCUUGCGGAGUCGAAAUUUCAUACCAAAUGGUCGCAAAUGCAUGUUUUUAUAUAAUUUGUCUUAACAAAUCAUUAUUAAACUAAUCUCUAAACAAGUUUUUUAAAAUAAAAAAAUGUAUGAUCCUCAACACAGUAGAACCAAUUUCAAACACGAAACUACUAGCCCAACACUUCAUUAGUAAAAGCAAAUAUAAUUUGCACUUGUAGAUAAUCGAAUCUACGACCUAUUCCAAAUCACAAAAUACUCUAUCCACUAAGCUACUUUUAUUUUUCUUGUUAUGGCUUAAUUUCUUGUUUUUUAUUUUUAUUUUGGGUGUUGUUGUCUUAACCAUUCAGAUCCUGACCAGUUGCAUAAAUGUUAAACAAAAACAAUAAAUCAUGUAAAUAAAUAUUUACACAUACUCUUCCUCAUAUAGUUGAUACCUCGCUGCUUAUAGUUCUGCCUUAAAUUGUCAUUACACUACUCUCAAUGUCUCCAGAUUUUGUUAAUGUUAAUACAACUGACUCAGUUAACCAUAUCUUCUGGAUUCUGCAUUAAUCAUAUACGGACAAGAGUUUAGAGUAAGAGAGCCUUGGCUUUUAACUAAGCUUAGCCUAAGGUUUAUGGCGUGUAGCUAGAUCUUCAGAUUCAUGAAUACACAACUUUUGACACGUUGUUCUCAUAAUCUCACUCUUAUAAAACCCGAAACGUAUAUCUUCUUCAAUUUUCACGCCCUAAUAGCCUAUAUAAGUAGACACCCCCACAACACCAAAUAUCAAAAACAACAAAAAAUCCCAGUAAAUAUAUUGACAGAAAUGGAUAAGUUGAAUGUUUUUGUGAGGGGAGACAAUCAAGUGAAUGAAGAGAAGCCUCCAGCUCGGGUGUGUCCACGGUGUGACUCUGACAAUACCAAGUUCUGUUACUACAACAACUAUAGCUUGUCUCAGCCUCGCUACUCCUGCAAGAAUUGUCGUCGAUACUGGACUCAUGGUGGGACUUUAAGGAACAUACCGAUUGGUGGAAGUGGCCGUAAAACCAAGCGUCCAAAGAUAGAUCAACCAUCUGCUGAAAAUCAACAGGUUAAUAAUCACCAACCUUUCUUACAUGGUCAAGAAACUAACGAGUUUGUUGGAACUUUUAAUGGUUCUUCUUCUUCUGAUGUUGUUGCUGGAAACCAUUUCGGUUUUCAUGAGAUUCAUGGUGCUAUGGUAAACAAUGUGCCUCCAGUUCGAAGUUUUCCACCAAUGGAGGCCUUAAAUAUCUCUGAUGUAUCAUCUCGACAAGAUUAUUACGACGUUGGAUCCAAUGAUUUGAUUGAUAAUCCUUUGAUAAACCGCCCAACUGAAGAUGAUUUAAACAUGUGGAACGAGAGCUACAGCAACACUAUGAACGUGAAUCAUAAUGCCAGCACGAGUGGAAGGAGGGGAUAUCUUUAAGCACUCAUCUCAUGAACGGAAUCAGAGUCAAAUGUGUGUUUACCCGUUGAAUACUAACCGCUUUACCCGUUGUCUCUUUAUCUUAAGCUAAUAAUGUUUCAAUUUUUAUUUUAAGCAUUUUUUCUUUUUUUUUCCUAUAAUGUUUUAUCUUGUGUUUCUUUUCGUAGUGUUGAAAGUUUGCAUCUUUGUUCCCCAAAAAAGUCAACAUCGAAUGUUUUUCUGAUCUUUCCUUAUAUAAUUAAUAUAAAUUACUAUUUAGUCGUGACCUGUUCGUUAUAGUGUUCCAAUACAUUUCUUAUGCUUGUAGCUUAUAAGGGCAUCAUUAUCCAUUGUCCUUAGACCAGCCGCAACGCUGAUCCUUAAUGGAUCCUUAGCGGGUAAUCCGAUGGUUAUCGGAUUAAAAUAACAAUAUUUAACCGAAAUAAUCCAAGGAUCAAUCCGUAAAUAAGGAUUAAACGGAGUUGAUCCUUAGAGACGUGGCGCGUUCUGGUUCGUCCGUCGGCUUUGUCAUUCGUACGUAUCAAAAAAAAACUAAUCAUUUUCGACCAAAGGCGAGGAAAAAAAUACGUCUCGAGUGAAGGCGAUAUCAAAGGCGAUUCGAUCCAUCCCGAGAAGAAGGUUUAACCAAUCAUGGGACAAGACUAUUCGUACAGCCAGCCGUCAUCGUCAGAUGAGUUCGACAUGACGUACCUUCUUGAAGCAGAGGCUGCUCUUUACGCGGAUGAAGGACAGAGUAGUUUCUCUGUUGGCGAGGCUGUUCGCAACCCACCUGAGGCUGAUGAUGGCAUCCCAACGAGAUGUUACUGUGGCAGUGAGGCUGCUAUUGCAACAUCUUACACGCGAAAAGAUCCAGGGAGGUUGUACUACACGUGCGAGAAUAGAGAUGAUGGGGGCUGCCACAUAUGGAAUUGGUGGGAUGUGGCAGUCACGGAGGAGGUGUUUGAGGUUCAGAGGGAACUCAGGCUGCUUAAGGAGCAAGGUUACGAGUGUGAUCAGAAGCUGCUUAAGCUACAAAAGACCGUAUGUGAGCUCAAGACCGUAUGUGAGCUCAAGAAGAACAAAGAGUCUACAAAUGGCUAUGCAUUGGAAGUUUGUGUAAUGGUCUCCGUAUUGGUUUUUCUAGGUCUGGCGCUUAUGUUUGUCAAUGGUACGUAUCUGUCUUGAGUUUUUGUUUGUUCUUCAUGAUCUUUUGUAGACCUUAUGACAGUUUGAUCUAAUGUUUAUGCAGGAAGAGCUUCAAAGAUGUAAACGAGAGUGUCGAGAAGCUCGAGUCUCUCUUUAGGUACGAUACCACAACUGCCUAGUCUCUUUUCUAAUAACUAUAAACGUAUAGUAGUUAAGUAGAACCUAUUUAGUUAGUUGUUUGGUUUCUCUGCAUUGGUGGUAAUUGCUAGUUGUUUGGUUUCUAUAAAUUGGUGGUAAUUGCUAGUUAAGUAGAACCUAUUUAGUUAGGUUUCAUAGUUAGCGUUCGUAUUCAACCUAUGUGUCCUCUUUCAGUUUAAUGUGUUUUUCCAAAAGUAAUAACUAUGUGUGUACUCUUUCAGGUUCAGCAGUAGGGUCACGGGUGUUGCAAUGCACGGGUUAAGAUUGUCACGGGCUGUGAAGUACUCAAAGUCACGGGUGCUUCUGUUUUUCUAGCAUGUGAAGAUUGUCACGGGUGCUUUUAUGUUUCACGUUAAUGUAGUAUAAGUAGUAGUCAUUGUUGUUUAAACUAUUUAUCUCUUUCUCCUACGCACUUUGUAUUCAGCAACAAAACUUUGUAUCUCAUCUUCUCCUAUUUCCCUCAGCAACAAAACUUUGUAAUAUUAAACAUUGCUUCUCACUUUGCAUCUCAUCUUCUCCGACUGAAUCCACGGUGGACCAUUUUAUCUAUCUUGUUAUAAAGGUAUGGUCUUCACAAAUAGAAAUUCUAAAUUUGAACCUAUAGUAAAAAAGAAAUAGAAAUUAUAAAUUUGAAUCUAUAAAUUUUAAUUUGAAAAUUUAAUUUGAACCUAUAGUAAAAAAGAAUUUUUAAUUUGAACCUAUAGUAAAAAAGAAAUUGAGAUUCUAAAUUUGAAUCUAAAAAUUUGAACCUAUAGUAAAAAAGAAAUAGAGAUUCUAAAUUUUAAUCUAAAAAUUUGAAUCUAUAAAUUUGAAUUUAAAUAUUUGAAUCUAUAAAUUUGAAUCUAUAAAUUUGAAUCUAAAAAUUUGAAUCUAUAAAUUUGAAUAUGGCACGCUUUUUUUGAUAUGGCACGCUUUUUUUGGUCCUCCAGGUACCUUAAACGAUAUUAAUGUCCUCGAACGGUCUCCUGUUUUUGACGACAUUAUAGAAGGUCGAGCUCCCAGGGUAAGGUACAUGGUCAACGGACACAUGUAUAAGUUGGUGUACUACCUCACUGACGGUAUAUAUCCAAAAUGGUCAACAUUUAUCCAAUCAAUCACACUCCCUCAAUGUCCUAAACAAGAGUUAUUUGCCAAAGUUCAAGAAGCUACCCGAAAAGAUGUGGAGCGGGCUUUUGGAGUAUUGCAAGCCCGAUUUGCGAUUGUGAAGAACCCGGUAAAAACAUUGGACAAAGCAAAGAUAAGCAAGAUUAUGAGAGCAUGUAUCAUACUACACAAUAUGAUAGUCGAAAAUGUCCGGGAUGGAUACGGUACACAAUUUGAUAUAUCUGAUUUUGAAGAAGGGGACGUAACCAGAAGUUCACGGGUGGAAGCCAACAUGCCUACAAAUCUCAACAACAUAUUUCCCAUUCGGAAUGAUGUUCGGGAUACUCGUAUACAGAACAUUUGAAAACCGAUCUAAUUGAGCAUAUUUGGAACAAAUUUGGUGAUGAAUAAGUCUUGUAUCUUUUUAUUGAAUCAUGAAUAAUAAAUAAAAAUUUUAAUUUUACUUUUUUUUUAAAAAAAUAUUUAUUUAUUCUUAAGGAUUCCAAAUCGAGUAUCACUAUUGCACACAUAUUUUUGAUUAGGAUCCUUAACAAUUCAAAAAGGAAAAAAAAAUAUUAUUCUAAUCCUAAGGACUCUUGAGAUAGUAUCACCAUUGCAUAUGCUCUUAGAAUGGUGUCCUUAUGAUUUUUUAUUGUUAUUUUAAGCUUAGGACAUUUGUAAGGACUUUGUGUUGAAAUGAUGAUUAUUGGUGGGACUUAAUCUUGGUCCUUAGGAUUUUUUUUUUUUUAAUAAUUAGUAACAUAUAUAUAAGAUAAAACUUAUUUCCAUUUUACAUAUUUAAUAUAACACACAAAUUAUUGAAAACAUACAUAGAGAAUUAAAAGCAAACACAUAUUUUAUUCAAUUCAUAGAAACUUUAAAAUUACAUUGGGAGAUGUCCAAAUUUAUCCCAUAUAUUUUCAACCUCUGUAGGUGGCACUGAUGAGCAUCUCAUUCUCGGAUGGGGUCCAUUUAUGUCUCCUCCCACGCUCCACGGGUAUCUCUGUAGGUGGAGUUGGAGCCUCACUUUCUUGUGAACUAAACUGAGGGAACUGUUGAGAUAGAGAAGGAAAUGUCUCAUAUGGAGAGUUUUGAGGACAAAUACUUCCUUGUUGACUGUUAAGAAGGCCCAUAUACCCAGUGGACUGGCUAUACGGAAUCCUUGGAUCCAUAGAAAUUCGAAGACAGAAGCAAUAAGAGAAAAUAUAGCGGAAGAGAAUACAAGAUAGAAAGAAGAUGAUGGAGAAUGAAUGAGCUCUAUGAAGGAUGGUUUAAUAGAGAAUUCCAAUUAACUCAACCAUAAUGACCUAUCUACCACAGUACAUAUCACUUAAUACGCAUCCCACAACCAUAAUGGGAGAAAAAUAACAGUGCAUUAACUACCUAAAACAAACUAGACUAUCAAAUCAAUAUACAAACAACAGUUCAAGCCUACUUGAAGUCACAGCAAUGAAACUAGAUAGUUAAUUACGAACUAGACUAUCAAAUCAAUAUACAAACAAUAAUUAAACUCUACACGCUAAAGUUGCAAUCAAACUUGAGUGUUCAAGACGCUUUGGUUGCAAUCAAACUAGAGAGUUCAAGUGUACCACAAGUCCACAUCAAGUCUACUACAAGUCUACAGCAAGUCUACAGCAAGUCUACAGCAAGUCUACAGCAAGUCUACAUCAACUCUACUUCAAGUCUACAUGCUGUGGACGGAAGUUAAUUACCUUGAACACUGGACGAAAUGGUUGUUUCCUAGUUGUGUAUCACUGGCUCUCUUUAGACGAGCCUCACCUCACCUAGUUACCUCAGAAGCAAAGGAACACACAUCAGAAAAAGAACACACAUAUCACACAGAACAUCAAAUAUAAUUUAUAUCCAUAAAUCAACACCAGUAACUACAAUUAAAAUUUUAUGGUGGAUUAAUCAAGUAAUCAAAGCAAUGAACGAGUACGAAAAUUAUUUCAGAUUAAUCAAGUAAUCAAAGCAACCGUCGGGUAAAUCUUUCAAUCAGAUUAAUCAACUAAUCAAAGCAAUGAACUCGUAAAAAUUUCUAUCAGGUUUAAACACAAACCGAAAACAAUAAAAUUCCCAACCAAGUUUAUCGAGAACCAACUACAUGCAAAUACUGAAUACAGAGGAGGAACACCCACCCUUCCACCUUCGAAUCGCAGAAUAUGAUGUUGAUGAGAGGGUAGAACCGUCGACAGAACCGUGGAGAGAUCCGUCGGGAGAACCGUUGAGAGACCGGUCGAGAGAUCCGUCAAAUAAAUCCGGUGGAGAAGAGAGGAGAAACCUCGGGAGGAGAUCCGUCGGUGGAGAAGAGAGGAGAAGCCUCGGGGGGAGAUCCGUCGACAGGAGAAACCUCGGGAGGAGAUCUGUCGGUGGAGAAGCAGGAGAACCGUCGGGAGGAGAUCGAAGAGAGGAGAUCGAUGGCUCGAGAUUCGUCGGUCGAGAAGAGAGGAGAUCGAAGGGAGGAGAUCGAUGGCUCGACAGGAGAACCGUCGGGAGGAGAUCGAAGAGAGGAGAUCGAAGGGAGGAGAUCGAUGGCUCGAGAUUCGUCGGUCGAGAAGAGAGGAGAUCGAAGAAAGGAGAUCGAAGAGAGGCGUUUCGUCGGUCGAGAAGAAGAAAAGGCAAGAAAAUUAAAUCACAACACUUACCCAAAUCGAUUAUCCCCACCCCGGUUUCAUCGCCCAAUCACACCAAGCCACGUAUCACCUAACGACGACAACAAAAAUAUCUUAAAUUAGAUAUGUCCUUAGAUAAUUGUCUCUUUUUUAUUUAAAUUAAAUGUCAUUUAUGCUAAGGACAUCCCAUUGGGACGCCGUUAAUCUUGCCCUAAGCAGGGUUAACUCUGACAUCUGAACUUAAGUUCAUGAAACACCAAUUUUACGCGCCAAAAUUUAAAUAAAAAUGUAAAGACAUCAACAAAUUUUAGUGUGAUAUUUUCUGGACAGAUAAUUUUUUUAUGCUUCACGCAUAAAUACUAAAGGUCGGACCUGCUUGUAAGUGAGAUGUUGUUUCAGUUUAUUUUUCAAAUGAGUUUGUUUGAGAUUGAAUUUCUAUUGUCAUUGACAGAUAGAGUAUAUGAUAAUAGUGAUAACCAUUAUUCACAAUAUGGUUGAUAUUAAACGAGACAGAUAAUUCAAAUAUACAUCUAAGAAGUCAACUAAAGUCAAUAGGUUAGUCCAAAUAACGUGGUUUUCUACCAAAAAAUAGAGAUGUGGUUUUCAAUAUAAUGUGGUUUUCUAUAACUGAUGGCGUAUCAAUAAUGAUGUAAUAAGUACAAAUUACUCUAAAUAUUAGUCUUCAUUUUCCAUCUUGUAUAGUCUUCUGUAGGUGAUGUGUCUAAAUUUUUUUUUUUUUUGUCAAUGUGUCUAAAAAUUAAGUGUCAAAAUAAUGAAUUUCUAUAUUUUAACAUCUUAAUUGUUUUUUUGCCGGAAUAUGUAAUUUUUUUUUUAUCAACAACAUUACAGAUUCAUAUUGACCAUGUAAACCACACUGGGUCCGGAAUAUGUAGUUAUGUAUGGAUAAAAUCUAAACCCAUAAAAUAAAUAUAUCAAAUUCUUAUAUCUUAUUGUUGGUAAGCCAAAAAUAGUUGUUCUCUCAGAUUUCCUAGAGCCAAACAGCCACUUUCUAAGAAAAAAAAUCUAGAUAUUAAGGAAAAUCUAACUACAAACAAGGACAUACAAGACUUCCAGAUUUUGUGAUCGACACGUGGAUACGACCGGUUACAGAUUACCACGAGAUUCAGACGCGGAAAAGUUAUCUUCUGUCAGUUAUCGAUUCCGACAGAGAUAGAGAUGACGUCUUCCACAGCAAAUUUGACACGUGCAUCUCAAAACAUUUUCUCUUUUUUUUUUCUUUUCUUCUUAACAUAGUUGUUUUUCUAUUGUAUUCAAAAGUUCGCAAGACCCAUCAUCAAUUUCUCUCUAAUUUCGAUUUUCUUACUUGUUAUUUUUUUGUUGCGUAUAAUUCGUGAGUAAGCAGUUACGCCUAAGUUUACGAUCCUUAAAAACGUUUUGUUCAACAAGAGAUUAUAUAGAAAUCCAGAGGUUUUAAUUAAAAAUCUCUUCAAAAUUUUUAAAAAAUCUGGCGACAAAGAACAAUUAAGACGUAUAAUACACGUGUCCAUGCAUUCAAUUACAAAAGCUAAUGACGGUACUAAACGUCAAAAAUGAAUGCCCUUGGACGUGGGUAAUUACACAAAAUCAUCUAUAUAUAUAUGAGCUUCAUAUCUCAAGCAGUCCAUAAUUAAACCAAGAGAUCUCAAUCAUUCCUUACAUACAAUUCUUGUUAUAUAUUUGAUCCCCCAAAAGAAAUGGCUACUUCACGUCUAGCAAGGUUUGUAUCGGAGGUUGCUCCGCCUCAGUUUGUGACGGUGAUGAGGAGACACAGAGCAGCGAAGCAGAAGCUUGACACAAUCAAAGAAGAAGAGUAUAAAGAAGAUUGUUUCAAUGGUGGGGUGAUGAUGAUGUCGUCUAAUAAGAUGUCAUCAUCUCAUCAUCAUGCCUAUUCUUCUUCUUCCUCUACUUCGGUUUCUAAUUCUGGAUCUACCUCUAAGAGUUUUUCUCGUUGAGGCUCGAAGCUCUUUUUCUGUCUUCGAAAAUUAAGAUCUUCUUAUAUGCAAGGGAGUUAUAUUUUGGAUACUGAUCGGGUCCGUAUUUUUGUGUGCACCCGUUUCUAUAUGUAGUUUGCUUAAGAUUCGGACCUUUUUAUUAUUAUCUAAAAGGUCCGACAUAUUUAAUUAAAAGUUGUAUGAUUGUAUCUCUUGAUGAUCAGUUGGAUAAUUGAGGGUUCUACAUGCUGUAACCCUGCUUUAAUAAGGAUGUUGUUUUGUAUACGUUUACACAUAAUAAUAUAAAAAUUUCUUGA